UCAUGACUCAGGCCCUGUGAGGGGACCAGCCCUCUUGGCGGUCACCAGCAGGGAAGGGGCUAGGUGGUGACAUCAGGGUUGCGGGUAUAAAAGCUUUCAGCCCAAACCGAACCCAAAUGGAAGCUUGAACCUGACUGUGGCCUGCGAUCCUGGGAACUCCUCAGCCGACAUUGCCGCUCCCUGGUGACAGACCCACGGACUCCAUGCUCCACUCUCCUAGCCUUGUGUGGCUCCUGGCCAUGACCUUCUCCUUGGUUCCCAGAGCUCAGCCUUUGACCCCUCAAGACUUGGAUGAAGAUGAGGAAGAAGACGAGACUGUGAGCACGCCCCUGCAGGCCGUCCGCUGUGACUAUGACCGUUGCCGCCACCUGCAGGUGCCCUGCCCCGAGCUGCAGAGGGCUGGCCCGGUGGCCUGCCUGUGCCCCGGCCUCUCUAGCCCCACCCAGCCGCCUGAGGCGCCGCGCCUGGGGGAAGUUCACCUGGUGGCCGAGGAGGGUAGAGCUGUGGUCCACUGGUGUGCACCGUACUCCCCGGUCCACUACUACUGGCUGCUGCUUUGGGAAGGCACUGGGGUGCCCCAGAAGGGGCCCCCCCUCAAUGCUACAUUCCGAAGAGCUGAACUGAAGGGACUGACCCCUGGGGGCACCUAUGUCAUUUGUGUGGUGGCUGGUAAUGAGGCUGGAGAGAGCGAGGUCACUGGGGCAGGGGAAGAUGGCCAGGAGAGGGUGGCCUCCGUUCCCUUUGGGCCCUGCGGCCAGAUCUUUGUGCCACCAAGGCCCACUACCCUGGUCCACACCGCGGUGGGCGUGGGCACCGCUCUGGCCCUCUUGAGCUGUGCUGCCCUGCUCUGGCACUUUUGUCUGCGUGAGCGCUGGGGCUGCCCCCGCCGCCGCCGCCCCACUGCGGGGACUGUCUGAUGGGAACCCGGGGAUGGGAGCCCUCCUAGAGCAAUCAACCCUUCCUUUUGACAGGAGGGCAUGAGCUUGUGCCCACGUGGCACUAAUCUGACGACCAAGCAGAGCCAAGUCCAGACAAUGGGGCCACCACUGAGAUCUCAGGGUUGAGAGCUUUUUUUUUUUUUUUUUGCCCGUCCUGGGCCUUGAUUUAGGGCCU